AUGGAGAAAUCGGAUCCUCCAUCGAAGCCUACCGCUCUUAUCCCCACCGAUCCGCAUUCCAAUCCAAAUGCCGAUCCCAUUCCCGCUUCAUUCCACCGCCGAUCUCGCUCCGACGAUAUGUCGAUGUUCAUGUUCAUGGAUCCGCUCAUCUCCUCCUCCGGCGCACCACCUUCCUCCGACGACCUUCCCUCCGACGACGACCUCUUCUCGUCCUUCAUCGAUGUCGAUAGCCUCUCCUCAAAUCCUCAUCCGCAGCCCUCCUUUCCAAAUCCCUCCUCCUCCAACUCCGUUUCCGGCGCCAUUCCCCCGCCGACCUCCUCCUCAUCCCGUCCUCGCCACCGUCACAGCAAUUCCGUUGACGCUGGAUGCGCCAUGUAUGCCAGUGAGAUCAUGGACGCAAAGAAAGCCAUGCCUCCCGAAAAGCUCUCCGAGCUCUGGAACAUCGACCCCAAACGCGCCAAAAGAAUUUUAGCGAAUCGGCAAUCUGCAGCUCGUUCCAAGGAGAGGAAAGCUCGAUACAUUCAGGAACUUGAGCGUAAAGUUCAAUCGCUUCAAACCGAAGCCACCACUCUCUCCGCUCAGCUCACUCUCUUCCAGAGAGACACAAAUGGACUGGCAAACGAAAACACAGAGCUGAAACUCAGGUUACAAGCAAUGGAGCAACAGGCUCAGCUUCGUAAUGCUCUAAAUGAAGCUUUGAGGAAAGAAGUGGAAAGGAUGAAGAUGGAGACGGGAGAAAUGUCGGGUAAUUCAGAUUCGUUCGAUAUGGGAAUGCAGCAGAUUCAGUAUUCACCUUCGACAUUCAUGGCAAUUCCACCAUAUCAUGGCUCAAUCAACGGCCAGGAUAUGCAGAUGCACAGUUUCAAUCCUAACCAUCAAAUGGAGAUGUCGAAUUCUCAGAGCGUGUCGGAGUUUCUGCAGAACGGGCGGUUGCAAGGGCUAGAUAUAAGUAGCAAUAGCUCAAGCUUAGUCAAAUCUGAAGGACCUUCGCUCUCUGCUAGUGAGAGUAGCUCUGCGUAUUGA